GUCAGCAAUUACCCCUCCGUCAUUCCGUGAAGCACACCGGUCUCCAAUCACCCCUCAUUGCAUUCACGGGAAGCGUCUUGCCGAUCGGCGGCUUCCCGUCCGCAGUGUACCACCGAUACUGUGGGUUUUUCCAACGGCCACUCCAUUGGUGAAUGAGGUAGAUGUCGGGGUGGCUGCAGUUGCACGUCGCACUGGAGUGGGGCUGCAUCGGCGCGAAUGCGUUGACGUUCAGCAGGCGGACGUCACCAACCUGGUGAUCCCGCGGAGGCUGAAAUGAAUGUCCCUCGAUGAUCGUCUUUUUCCCCAUACCUGCACCCGCAGCAAAAGUGCAUCCAUCGUCAGACGCACACCGUCUCAAUGAGGUGUUUCGCUGACCGAAUGUGUACAUGUACUCCAAGAUAGCAUCUGUCCACACGACCGGCCCAGUGAGAAAGACGGCAUCUUUGUCUGAGGAGCCGGCGGCCUUGAUCUCUUCCACUUGGGCUCGUAUCUUGUUGAUGGUCAGCAACGGUAUCGUGUGUCGAGGUGCGAAGGCAAAGCUCCACUGCAAACGCAUCAGAAGACUUUCGUGUACCGCAGCCUGUUCCGGCCUACUUGUGCAAACUGCAGGUAACUUUGGUCAGCCUUCUCCACACCAAUCAAUCCUGUACAGACAGACACAAACCCACGCGAGGCAGAAAGAAUCCUUGACGCGCUCUUUCACGCGUCAGCUAAAUUGUAUGACAAUCCUCACCUCUCGUCUUGCCCUCAUCGAUCAGCUCGUCCAUGGGCCGCCGACAGUCAAUGUCCGUGUCGAUGAAGAGGCCACCGCGGUCGUACACGAUGAGAUAAGACCACAGGUCCUGCAGAACAACAUGCCAGGCGGCUGCACCCAAGCUACACAAUCAAUCACUCAAUGAAUGGACGCCCAUACCUUCUGCUCGAUGGUAUUCUUGAGGUAGCUCCAUACACCCAGCAGCUCUGGGAACGUCUCUUUCACAUACGAAUGGAUCUCGCUGUCGCCAAACAGAUGAAAGGUCCAGCCGGGAUUGACUCUCUCACACUUGGCCAGAUUCUCCCGCUCCCAGUGCAUCAUGUAGUCUUUGUCGCGGGUCGUCAAGAACACCUACAGCCGACAACAAGACCGCCAAACAAGUGACCAAGUCACCUCUCCGAGUCGCAUCAUCAUCGGGUGGUCGCUUGUGCGUUACCUGGCGAGGAAUAGAUGGCUGCUGCAAGGUGCAGUUCUGGCGGGCCCCUCUGUCCUUAAGUAGGACCUCGCCACGCAGGCUGCCGAGUAGCUGAGUGGCAUUGAGCUCCUGCAACGCAACGCCAGAGACCUCGGGUUCAGGCGGCCUCCAGAGACCGACCAGCGUCAGACUCAACAGAGGAGUGAACAAGCAGGCAAGGCGGACAGGCAGCGCUGCCUUCCGCAGGCUGACCAUCCGACCAACUGUUGAGAACCAAUCAG